UUGGCUGUGCUGGUAUCCAAGUGAAGACGUGAGAUUUUUCGCUUCAUCAAUGAGCACAAGAGGACAUAAAUCAACAGGGAGAGUCGGAUUUUUGACACUUUACAGCUCUAGUAGAGUUUUAUUUAGUCGGUGGUGAAUUUACGAAGCAAUGGCUCAAAGAAAAAACUCUAAAUCCCACUCCAAAAAAGAGGUGAAGACGACACCGGUGGAGAGCAAGAAUGGAAAGAAGACGGAGGCGACGGGAGGAGGUGGAGGAGGAGGAGGAGACGCAGGAGGAGGAGGAGGAGGAGGCGGUCCUAAAUACUCCAUGUUUACCUGGUUUGUGGUCUUGGCUCUGCUGGGAGUCUGGAGCUCUGUGGCCGUCGUCUACUUCGACAUCGUGGACUACGACAGCGUCAUCGGUAAACUGACGGCCUACGACACGGACGGAGACGGAGACUUCGACGUGGAAGACGCUAAAGUUCUGCUCGGACUGAAACAGGCAGAGAGACCAGCUGUGGGAGACUCACCUGAGGAGAGGACAGUUUUAGAAACCAGUGAACAUGCGUCUCAGUCGACCAAUCAGCAGGCUGCAGAGCCUCAUGAGGCGGAGCCAGUGGAGGAUUCAGCCCCAGAGAGUCCAACCGAGGAGGCUGCAUCAGUCUCUGGAUCUCACGAUGUGGAGUCUGAAAUCCAAGCUGCUGUCCCGCUGCCUCCGCUGGUGGAAGACGACUUUGUUCCCGAUGAUCCUCGAGGAGACAGCAGUCAUCCUUACGAAAAAGAAGCUGACACCAUCGACACAAGUGGAGCUUUAGUGGAGGAGUCACCGCCUCAGGAGAGUGAAGUGGAGUCUGAAAAAUAUGUGACAAGUUCCAAAGUUACACAGGAAGCAGACUCAGUGAGAGAAGCAGAGAAACAUAAUAAGUUUGAUAAAACCAUUAAAUCUGAAAUCGACGCUGCAGAAAAGCUUCGCAAGAAGGGGAAGUUGGAGGAGGCGUUGAGGGCGUUUGAGACGUUGGUGCAGCAACAUCCACAGAGUCCACGAGCUCGCUACGGGAAGGCUCAGGCGGAGGACGACGUAGCAGAGAAGAUGCGCAGUAACGACAUGCUGCAGAAAGCCAUCAACACUUACAGAGAAGCAGCGGAGCUUCCUGACGUGACCUCCGACCUCCUGAGAGCCACACUGAAGAGACGAGCCGAGAGGCAGCAGUUCCUCGGUCGGAUGCGAGGGUCUCUGACGACUCUAGAGAAGUUAGUGCAGCUCUUUCCAGAAGACGCCGCUCUGAAGAACGACCUGGGCGUGGCUUACCUGUUGCUAGGCGACAACAAAGGCGCCAAAAGGGUCUACGAGGAGGUUUUGGCGGUUGCCCCCGGCGACGGCUUCGCUAAAGUUCAUUACGGCUUCAUCCUGAAGUCAGAGAACAAGAUAGCAGAGAGUAUACCAUACCUGAAGGAGGGUUUAGAGUCAGGCGAACCCGGGACCGACGACGGCCGCUUUUAUUUCCACCUGGGAGACGCUCUGCAGAGAGUCGGAGAUGACAGCGCGUAUUACUGGUACGAGCUGGGUCACCAACGCGGCCACUUCGCCUCCGUGUGGCAGAGAUCUCUGUACAACGUGAACGGACUGAAGGCUCAGCCGUGGUGGACGCCCAAAGAGACGGGAUACACCGAUCUGGUGAAGAUGCUGGAGAGGAACUGGAAGACCAUCAGAGACGAAGCUCUGGCUGUGAUGGACCAGAACACGGGACUGUUCGUACCCGAGGAGGAAAACCUCCGAGAGAAGGGAGAGUGGGGCCAAUACACACUCUGGCAACAAGGGAGGAAAGCUGGAAGCGCUUGUCAGGCCGUUCCUAAGACCUGCUCACUGCUGGAGAGAUACACUGAAGCUACAGGCUGCAAGAGAGGACAGAUUAAGUUCUCGGUGAUGCAGCCAGGUACUCAUGUGUGGCCUCACACCGGACCCACUAACUGCAGACUGAGGAUGCAUCUCGGCCUCGUCAUCCCAACACACGGCUGCAAGAUCCGCUGCACCAACCAGACCAGGGAAUGGGAGGAAGGUAAAGUCCUGAUCUUUGACGACUCCUUCGAGCACGAGGUUUGGCAGGACGCCGACUCUUACCGCCUCAUCUUCAUCGUAGACGUCUGGCACCCGGAGCUAACCUCGUACCAGCGCCAGACUCUGAGCUCCAUAUAGAUCCACACACACACACACACACACACGGACCUGCCGCUUGAUUCUUCUUCUUCCUCUUCUUCUUCUUCUUCUUCUUCUUCUUCUUCUUCU